UCCGCUGGCUGGUAAAGAGGGCUCUUGUAUUCCUCCAUCCUGGUAUUUAAACUCUUCAUCCUGGUCUCUCCAAAGUGCCCGGACCCAAAACAGGAAGCUGAGUAUGAACACAAUUGAGGAUGAGUCAGGCACAGUGACUUUGGAAACCGUAAGCUCAGUGACAUUAACUCAGGACACUGAUGGGAGCAUCAUACUUCACUGCCCACAGAAUGAUACUGAAGACUUAGGGGCAGAUGAAAGCUUAGAACCUUCCCACAAGAGACUACGCUUGUCCACAGAAGAUGACCAGCAUCUGCCUUCAUCCACACCACGGAUUUCUGUUGUUACACUUCCCAUUUCAGAGAAUGAUGAGAGUUUUGAGGUGACCAUGACAGCCACCACUGAAAUGACAGAGACUGACAUCAGUGAAGGGGCUGUGGCACAGAUUCAGAUUCUUCAGAAUGAUGGGUCAUUAUCUCCUCAAAAGAACGACGAUAUGUCUCCAGUCAGCCAAGCUUGGUUCACUACAAAAGAAGAUAAGGAUUCCCUUGUGAAUAAAGGUCAUAAAUGGAAGCAGGGGAUGUGGUCCAAAGAAGAGAUAGACAUCCUCAUGAGCAACAUUGAUCAAUAUUUAAAGAAUCGGGGAAUCCAGGACCCCACAGAGAUUAUCUUUGAGAUGUCUAAGGACGAGAGGAAAGACUUCUACAGGAGCAUUGCCUGGGGUCUCAACCGUCCACUCUUUGCUGUUUAUAGACGAGUGCUGCGCAUGUAUGAUAACAGGAACCAUGUUGGAAAGUAUACCCCAGAGGAAAUUGAUAAGCUAAAAGAACUAAGAGAUAAACAUGGUAAUGACUGGGCUACCAUUGGUGCAGCUCUUGGAAGAAGUGCAUCAUCUGUAAAGGACAGAUGUAGGUUGAUGAAAGAUACCUGCAAUACAGGCAAGUGGACAGAAGAAGAGGAGCACAGGUUGGCGGAGGUGGUCCAUGAGCUCACGGGCACAGAGCCAGGUCACACUGUUACCCAGGGGGUCUCCUGGGCCGCUGUGGCAGAGCUGGUGGGUACACGCUCUGAGAAACAGUGUCGCUCCAAGUGGCUGAACUACCUCAACUGGAAGCAGAGUGGUGGCACAGAAUGGACAAAGGAGGAUGACAUGAAUUUAGUAAAACGGAUUACGGAACUGGGGGUGGGUGAUGAAAAUGACAUCAACUGGGACAUCUUGGCAGGGGGCUGGAGCAGUGUUCGCUCCCCUCAGUGGCUGCGCAGUAAAUGGUGGACGAUUAAAAGACAAGUCUCCAACCACAAGGAGCUCCCCUUCCCUGUGCUUCUCAAAGGACUUCAGGAUCUGGUGGAAAACCAGCAGCCAUACAGUAAAUUUGGAGUGGGAUCACGGACAGGCAGUUCCUCCCCUUCUCCAGUCCAGCAGGUUCAGAUCCGAGUGGCUCGCCUGGAGGAGAGCAACACAGUCCCUCCAAACCCCAUGACAGCCCUGCAGAUACCAGUGCAGAUUCCUGUGCAGAUCACUCAUGUCUCUUCUUCAGAUACCUCGGUUGCUGCUAAUGAAACGGAGACAAUAACACUAAACACAGGAACACUACAGACUUUUGAAAUCUUGCCAUCAUUCCACCUACAGCCGACAGGAACUCCUGGGACAUAUUUCAUCCAGACUGGAUCAAACCAAGGCCUCCCUUUAACACUCUCAGCCAGCCCCACAGUUACACUCACUGCAGCAGCAUCACCAUCAUCCCCAGAGCAGAUCAUUGUACAUGCUUUGUCGCCCGACAGUUUGCUUAACCCAAAUGAAAACGUCACCGUGCAGAUGUCCCACCCCAGUGUCAUAAUCAGGGCAGUUUCUUCGGAUGAUAUUGCUUCCCCAGAAUCCAUAACCCAAUCGGAUUUGACUGUUGAACAGUCCGUCUUGGCCAACCCUCAGGAAACUCCUGAAGUGGACUCCUUCAGCUCUCAUAUCUCUCUGGAGAAGCCAGGGAUUGACAAAGAGAUUUCUCAGACAGUGGUUGGAAACCAGGCAGAGCUCAGCUGUUCACACAGGGCGAAAUACUUGGAGAGCAGUUCGGAAGAACAUCAAGAAGGUAUAGCAGAGACUGGGCUCAAGGCAGACGAGGUGCACGAAGACCUGACAGGCACAUACACAGCCCAGACUCUGGGGUCAACAAUGGAAGAGCAAGUGGGUGAAUCAGCUAUUGGGGAAGGAACUGUUCUUAUCGUCCCGUCGCCUAACGGAUUUAUGCAGCCUGCUGAUGACAUCGACAGUGACUCUGUGCUGCCCUUAACAACACUGACAGAUCCAAUACUUGAACAUCAAGAAGAAGGCACAGAUGUCAUUAGCCAUGAUCCAGUGGAUUCAAAAGAUAUGGAUGGAUUAGUUGACUGAAAGUGUCUGAAGUCACUAAGUUUUCUAAUAUGCUUAAGUCUUCUGUAUUAUCUACAUUACGAUUUUUGUAAUAUUUUGACUGACCUAAUUCUGUGAAGGGUACCUGUUGUGGUUAACAUGUAUCUUUAUUAUGUAAAGAUCAUAUUUUGUCAAAAGCACUGCAGAAGUUGGCAUUUCGGUUGAGGAGACAUAGCUUUUAAACACUGCUUCUCAUCCCAGCCAGUCAAUAAAUGCAAUUGUUAAGGUUUAACACAUGAUAUCCUCUUGCAACACAGUUUAACAGGACACAGUAACACAAAAAAGGUUCUGCAACAUGUAGUCUGUCCUUAAAUGUGUAAAUAUCAUAUUUACUAAUUUAAUGAUAAAUAUUAGCUUCCAGGUGAGGAGUUAUCUUCCUAUGUUUCCAGUGAGUAUUUGCAUAAUGAAUAUUAAAUAGAAAAUAGUAAAUAGAAAAUUUUGAUUAGAUACAGUACAAACCCAAUUGAUUAAACCACAGCAAAGUAAAGGGUUUAAAUACAAGACUUGUUUUUGCAGAAGCUUCUCUUGUUUUCUCAAUAAUAAUCUUCAUUGGAGCUGUAUUACUUUGACACAAUUAUUAUAAUUCAUGCAUAAUUAUUUAUGAUCACAUAGAACAUUUUGAAAAUACGUGUGAUCUUCACAAAUGUUUUGUAUGUACAGCAUACGAAAAAUACAAACAUGAUUAACCCUUUCUUUAUCCACUGAAAUGCAAUAUUUUCCCCUUUAUUAGAAUUCUAUCCCUCAAUUCAAACCUUAUCUUUACAGUAAGGAUAGUAUUUGCCUGGCAACAGACUUUUGAUGUAUUUAUUAAUGAAAUCCUGGCAUUCAUAAAGAUAAAUCCUAUGAUUUGCUCUUUGUUUGCAAUAAAUUAUUUCUUUAUUUUGUUUUUAAAAGGUAUAGGUGCAAACGUAAUCUACAGCAGUCUCAAACUCUAUUCCUAGAGACUCUGCAGUUUUCUCUCAGUUACACAGCUGGUCUGAUUAUUUAAAAUCACAAUUUGUAAUCUUUCUUACGAGGCCAGGCUACAAACUUUUUUUUUUACAGGAAACUGUACCUUUAAUGAAGUGAACGUUUUGAGUAGUCAACAGUAAAACACUGUAUGACUAAUAAUUGGGGUAAUUAUUUAAUUGACUACUCAGAUGGGAACAGAAGGUCCCAAGACCUUCCAUGAAUUUCAUUUGAAAUUCAGCACAAUUUUUUUUUGUUAUACUCAUAUUUUUAAUUAAUGGAUUAGCUAGUAGGGAACAUCCAAAUAUAAUGGCUUGUCUGUCAAAAAGGUCACAAAAGUGUAAGUCUUGAAUGGGAGCAUUCCUCUGAUUAGUGUUAUUAUGCUGAUUUUGUUAAAUGGCUUGACAUGAUCUAUUUCAAAACUGUACAUUUGCACUUUUUCUUGAAUUGUAUUUUUCAUCACGCACAUUUAUUGAAAAUCACAUUAUGGACACUCUGUGUAAUGGUCUAUUAUCACAUCUGAUUUUGACACAGUGUUUUUCUGUAUCUUUGCAGAACCACCACAGGUGCCCUUUAAGGGUUACAAGAUUAGUAUUGCUUUUGUUACUUACACUGAAUAGUAGAAAACAAUUAUUCUGUGUAUUGUCUGAAUUGAUCUCAACAACAGGUCCAUGCUAUUGAGCUGGUUUGGUAUGUGCAGGUGUGUCUCAUCCUUGAACAGGUCUGUGCUUCCACUCCAACAAAUCAUUAUUGUUAGUGUUUCAUAAGAUCGUCAUGGUUUAGCAUCUAACAGAUACACUAUUGUAAAAAUUGGAUAAGAAGCACAACACGCCUCAAGACAUUUUUGUUAUUUACUAUUAUUAUUACUAGAUUUUUAUUUCAGGUUAACCUGUGUUUUACCCUUUGCAGGGUUAUUAAGCAUUUUUGUUUUGCUUAGUGAAUAUGAGAUUAGCCAGCCAGACAGAAAAUUCCUGUAAUCGGCAUCACUCUCAUUUCAGCUUUCGAUUGCUACUUUUGAUUCUUUCUGCUUUAAAUAUCUUUCUUAGUCUUUGGGCAGACUUGAAUAGCAGUUAUGAGAGUCAGUUCUAGUUCAGCAACUUUUCAAUGUCUUUUCAUGUUCCUUUUUCCUUUUAAACAUAGAUUUUUGCACAUAUCUUGAUAGUGUGGGUUGUAAAAUACUACUAAGAGUUUUUUGUACUAGAAUGGCACAAUAUUUGUAAAUAAGAUUUUAUUAAUAGACUUGAGUUUUUCCCCAUGUGAAAGAAGCAUUUGAAACAUUUGCAAAACCGAAAAUGUUUAUUUCACUCAUAUCUUUAUUAUCCUGCUCUCCUCUUUUAAUAUGGGGAUCGUUGGCUUCUACAUUGAUCUUCAGUCAGUUUGCAUUACAGCCAUCAAUGCUGUGCCUGAUAUACUCAUGUUGUAAAACAUGGGUAUCUUUAACUUUUGUUUUGUUCUGAGUAGUCAAACAAUUAAUCUAAUUAUUUUCUUAGACAUAUGUAGGAUUUCUUUAAUGGUUAUUUAUUGUUGUUUACCCAGCAUACUCACAAAAGGUAGAGUGACCUAUGAAUCACCAGCCUAGUGAGAAAUGUAUUUUACAGUCAUGCUGUUUAUUAAAUGGUUAUAACAGCUGUGUAUCUGAGAGCUGAAAAAAACAACACAUUAACAUUAAGCUGACCAUGAUUUGACUCUUAGACCCUAGCCAAAAAGAUAUGACCUGUUUGAGACCUGUCAUUGCCCCCAUCAAUAGAAUUCAUUUCGUUUUCUAUUGCUUACAUGGUAGGACAUAUAUAUUAAUUUAGUUUUGUUUUAACUGUUUUUUUUAGUUGUUGUAAAAGCAUACAAUAAGUUAUUUCAGUUUAAAUCAGUUUUUGGUUAUGAAAUACAAUGGGUAUUGAUUUUCAGUGGAAAACUUUCUUCUAUCUCAAAUGAAAAACUUAAACAGGGUUAUGUGUAAUUGGCUGCUCCAAUACAAUAAUAUGCAAUACAAUAACCAUUUUUAAGGUGCUUAGAUCUGAUUCUGCCCUGGAUUGGAAUUCUAAAUUCCAUCUCAGCCUUAUUAAUGUAGCUUGAAAGUGGGUAAGGUUAGGUGAUUAUAUCUUCAAAAUCUUUUUAUUUACACAAUUUAGUGGAAGCUGCUAGUGUUUUGUCUGGCAGGACUAAGCACAGUCUGAAAAGUGUCAACUGUCCUUACUGGGCAGUAGGUGCUGCUGUUGAGCAAUGAAUAUGACACAGUUACAUUUGUUUUUUUAAUUGCUGGGAUGGUACAACUUGCAUCCCCACUCAUACCUGUCUGUUUAGCCUUUUCCAGUCUGUUACACCCAAAUGCACAUAUUAAUAAUCAAGGUAAUGUGCCAAUUUUGACAAAUGUUGGGUUCUCAGCAAAUGUUUUUCACAAUUCUUAAAAAACAGAAAUUUGUCAGAUGUCAAAUGAAGUCCAUUUGGCCUUAAAUACAUUUAAAAUACAGAUUUGUAUUUAGAGUUAAACAGAAACCAACGUUUUCAUGCAGAAUGCCUGAUAUAUGUACUUGUUUGUCACAAGUCAAAAAAUUUGAGAAGUCUAAAAAUAAAAGCAUUCUUUAAAAUAUCAGGUGUGGAUUAAGUGAAGUAUUUAAACUGCCCUACAGUUAACAAAUAUGUUCAGUUUCUAAGUAACUACCACAUUUUGGAUUUAUUUUUAAUUUAGGUAGAACAUAACUAGUUAAAACUGCAUUUCUUGAAUGUGGUCCUUAAUGGUUAAUACAGUAUGUACCUUAUCAGGUAUACAGAUUUUGCACUGGUCCUGUCUUGGUAGUUACAGGAUUUUGUCAGCUACUUCCAAAUGUCCGUGUAGACAAGUGCAUUUAUUUAUCGAAGAAGUUGUCUUUUAUGUUUUGUCGUGUUUAUUUAUUAAAUGAGACUUUAUACAGCACUUUGA